GGAUAAUCGUAACUCCAAUCAUAGCUAAUAUACCCUCCAGUUUGGUACCCUGAGUUCGAACGUCAAGACCGACCCUACGAUGCGUCAGCCAAAACCAUGCCCAUGAACCGCCUCGACGAACUGGACCGGACGGUCGCAUCCAUGCAUGAAUUCAUGGAGAUGGAAAGUGCACGGAGAGCUAAAAGGGAGCUACGGCGGCGUGAACGUGACGAAGCUCGACGUGCUGUGGAAGCAACUAGAGCCGCUGAGGAAGAACGCGCCUCACGAAAACUUGAGAAGCAGCGCAAACGAGAGGAGGAACAAAUGAUGAUGGUUAAAGUCGUGGAGGUGCAACUCUCCAUGAAUCUGGGAGACAUUCGUGAGGAGAUCAAGGCGGAAGUGCGGAAGGCUGUUGCUGAUACCAUGAUUACGAUGGUCGUUACCGGUAAGGGUAAGCAGGCUGUAGCGAAAGAUUUGUCGUCUUCCUCUUCUGGUGCGACCAGCGAUGUUGAAGCGAUUACCGAGGGAACCUGGAAUCUCUCCAUCCAGGGAAGCGGGGCGCGGAUACCCCCGUUGGUGACAGCUCCCCGGUGACUACUCCUGCCAAACGCACCAACAAACGUGUGGGCAUUCG